GGAGCUGCUGCGGGCGUGACAGGAGGGGCAGGGGCAGGGAACGGGCCCUGGAUGGAGGGCAGGAUCGCUUUGCGCGUCCUGGCCUGUGUUGGUCCUGUAACCCCUGCCUAUAAGAAGCCAGGGAUUAUUGGACAGUCAGUUGUGGGGUUCAGGUCAGCAGUGAGUCCUCAGAAUCCAGAAAUUCAGUAGCAGUCUAUUGAGAUAGCAGGGGUUGGUGGAUGUGUGGGAUGCCAAGGGAACCUAUCUUUUGAGUCAGGCCUCAGCGUGUGCAAGUUCGUCUUAGGAUUCAGAUACGGCGUAUUGAGUUUUUGCUGGAUUGGGUUUCACCAAAUGAAAUCAGUGUUAGUUCAGGACUUGGGGUUCACAGCUAGGAUUGAGCUUAAAUAUCUGGGGCCCACUUUGCCGUUCCAUAUUCAUGUUUCACUGUUGGAAUUCAAAAUUAUACCUCUAGAAUUUGAGAAUCGUUGGGUUUAAAGUUUCAACUUUUCUGAGAUUUGGGGUCUUAGAAGAGGGUCUGCUGAGUUUCUGAGUUUGCAGAGUGUAUUCCUGGCCAAAGGGAAAUCUGUUAGAGAUGAAUUUGUGAGAUGCAGAUUUCAGAAUUUGUGAGGAAUCCCUGUGAGAUUUAAAGGCCAACUGGAAUCGGCGCUAGGAUGUGUGGUAUCUAGGGAGGCACUAUUCAACUUAGGGUUUACAUCCUGAAGAAGGCUAAGCAUUAUUUGGGGGUUAGGGUUUGCUUGGGAUGUGAGACCUGAGCCUGAUUUCUUUGUUGGGGUUUGAAGUUUAGGUAGCAAUCAUCAUCAUGCUCAAAGCUGUGAUCCUGAUUGGAGGCCCUCAAAAGGGAACUCGCUUCAGGCCUUUGUCUUUUGAGGUCCCCAAACCACUGUUUCCUGUGGCUGGGGUCCCUAUGAUCCAGCACCAUAUUGAAGCCUGUGUCCAGGUCCCUGGGAUGCAGGAGAUUUUGCUCAUUGGCUUCUACCAACCUGAUGAGUCCCUUAUGCAGUUCUUAGAAGCCGCACAGCAGGAGUUCAACCUUCCAGUCAGGUACUUGCAGGAAUUUGCCCCCCUGGGCACAGGUGGUGGUCUCUACCAUUUUCGGGACCAGAUCCUGGCUGGGGGCCCUGAGGCGUUCUUCGUGCUCAACGCCGACGUCUGCUCUGACUUUCCCUUGAGUGCUAUGCUGGAUGUUCACAGACGCCACUGCCACCCUUUCUUACUCCUUGGCACCAGGGCUAACAGAACUCAAUCUCUCAACUAUGGCUGCAUCGUUGAGAAUCCACAGACACAUGAGGUCCUACACUAUGUAGAGAAACCUAGCACGUUCAUCAGCGACAUCAUCAACUGUGGGAUCUAUCUCUUUUCUCCCGAAGCCCUGACACCUCUUCGGGAUGUCUUCCAGCGCAAUCAGCAGGAAAGACAACUCUGCCUUGCUCUGGGGGAGGACUCUCCAAGCUCAUGGCCAGGGGCAGGGACCAUCCGCCUGGAGCAGGAUGUGUUCUCAAACCUGGCUGGGAAGGGCCAAAUCUACGUGCACAUCACAGAGGGUAUCUGGAGCCAGAUCAAGUCCGCAGGCUCAGCUCUCUAUGCCUCCCGCCUCUAUCUGGGCCAAUACCAGAUCACUCACCCGGAACGGCUGGCCAAGCAUUCGCCAGGGGGUCCACGGAUCCGAGGAAACGUUUACAUCCAUCCCACGGCUAAAGUGGCCCCUUCGGCCGUGCUGGGCCCUAAUGUCUCCAUCGGGAAGGGGGUGACUGUGGGUGAGGGUGUGCGGCUCCGAGAGAGCAUUGUCCUCCAUGGAGCCACGUUGCAGGAGCACACGUGUGUUCUGCACAGUAUCGUGGGCUGGGGGAGCACUGUGGGGCGCUGGGCCCGCGUGGAGGGGACCCCCAACGACCCUAACCCCAAUGACCCCCGAGCCCGCAUGGACAGUGAGAGCCUCUUCAAGGAUGGGAAGCUGCUGCCUGCCAUCACCAUCCUGGGCUGCCGAGUCCGGAUCCCUGCCGAGGUGCUCAUCCUGAACUCAAUUGUUUUGCCACACAAGGAGCUGAGCCGCAGCUUCACCAACCAGAUCAUCCUCUGAGGGGGCCUGUCAGAAAGCCCCCCGUCCACUCCUCUGGAAGGCUGCUGCCCUGCUUGGCCAGGGUCGAAAAGGACCUGAGGAAGCCAGGCAGGAUCUUCACACGCUGGGAGCAGUGUGGGUGGCCGAGGACUCCUGGCUUCCCUCCCCACUCCCAAAUAAACCCAGUGAACCUUGGAGCCAG